AUGGAUUCUCAUGUAGUUACUCCACCCACACCUGAAUCUGAGGAAAAGUUAUUUGAUCCCAACUUUAGAAAAGCUUCAUAUGGUAAUAAUGGGCAGGCUAGUUAUGGGCUCAGAGAGAAGCCCAGAAAAACUUGGAGGGCCUCUGAUGAAAAAAAUCCUCCAUGGCCCCUCGAAAAAAUCUGCAAGCAAUGUGGGAAAGGAUUUCGAUCCUUAAAGGCAUUAUGUGGCCAUAUGGCGAGCCAUUCGGAAAAGGAAAAAGCCGUUAAAAACGACCAUUCAUGGAACUCGGGUGAGGAGGACAGCCAUUCGGACACUUUUCAAGCUUCAAAGGGCAAGAAAAUCAAGAAAAUGGGAUUUAGUAGUAACUCCCCUUUCACUUCACUUUAUAAUAAUAAUAAUAAUAAUAACAGCAAUGUCUCGUCUUCUCUUUCGGAGAUCGACUGUAAUGAUCAUGAGGAGGUUGCCAUGUGCUUGAUGAUGUUGUCGAGGGAUUUCGGGACUUAUAUGAGCUCGGUUGUGGAGUCUAGCGACAAUAAUUCGGUUAUUUUGGAGACAAAAUCGUGCUCUGUGGACUUUUCCAAGAAAAUCGAGGAGUUGAAGUUGAAUAAAAAGAAAUGUGCUUUGGAUGAUGGUGAGAAUUCUGAUUCGGGGUACUUUUUAGACGAGUGCGCAAAAAAGAGCGCGUUUUUCACUAAUUGUAGUAAUUUCAGUGCAGAGGAGGCAAUUAGUAAGGAAUUUGAGCAAGAAAAAAACGGCCCGUUUAUAAAAAUCGAGUCGAGAAAGAAAAAGCACGUUAAUGAGAAUCGCGAAUACGACGAAAAGAAGAGAGUAAAGUACGAAUGCUUCAACUGCAAAAGGGCGUUUAAGUCUUAUCAGGCACUCGGUGGCCACCGGCCUUGCCAUAAAAGGACCAAUAACGCCUUUUACGAGAAUAGCUUGGACGAUGAUUCUGAUGAGCUUGUGAAAAGAAAGAAAAUGAACGAGAAAAAAGGCAAAUCCAAGAAGAAGAAGAACAAAGGGCACAAAUGUCCGUUUUGCGAAAGGGUUUUCAAGAACGGGCAGGCCUUGGGAGGGCAUAAGAGGUCCCAUUUUAUCGGUGGUCAUGUCGAAACGUAUAAUUACAACAACGUAAGCGAAAUCGUGGAGAAAAAAAAACAGCACUUUUUUAUUGACCUCAAUCUUCCGGCCCCACAGGACGAUGAGAAUGGCGAGGAUUAG